GCCUGUUUAUGUAAACAAACCGCGCGUCUAAUACAUUUGUUUAUAUCUUAAUUUUUCAAACGCCGAUACUCGGCUGCUAUCAAAGAGCGAUUAAGACGGUGCGUGGGAUUGUUUUAUAGAUAAAAAUUUAUUUACACAAUUCUUCGAGCGCCGAUACCCGGCUGCUAUCAAUGAGACAAAGACGUGGGAUUGUUUAUAGAUAAAAAUUUAUUUUCAAGCGCCGAACCCGGCUGCUAUCAAUGAGCAAUUGAGAAGAGGCGAUAUACAGAUCUAGGAAUGGGACUGUUUAGAGAAGUUUAUUUCUCAAGGGUGAUGACACGCGGUCGGAAAGAGAGGCGUCACGUUUGGAAAUAAGCGGUCACUUGUAUUAGAGAAGUUUAUUUCUCAAGGGUUGAUAUUCGGCUACAGGGUGGAAGGAGACGGAGAUAUCAUAUAAUCAAGCGGAAAAACGUUUAGCAUCACAGUUGGUUGCAAGUGCUGUAGAAAAGUUUCCCGAAAAUCUUCAGUGAAAAGUUCUGUGCAACAACAUGAAGCAAAAUGUUUGAAGAAAUGGCACGAGUUCAAUUGAAUUACGACGAUGAUUUUGAAGUUGAUGACGACAUCGAUAUGGACGACCGUGACGCCCUCAAUCGCCUUUUAAUGGACGAUAGUGAUGAAGAGAAGGAAGAAGAACAGCUCUCAAGCGACAGCGAUUAUCAUAGUGAAGACGGGGCAAGGACACAAAUUUACACUAGAAUAUUUCCAAAUCCUCAAUUGCUGGCAUUAACGCAAGAUACUGUGAUGUGUAUGAUUGAAUUUUAUUAUGAACUGCGGGACGACACACGUGUAUGCAGCUUCUGCAUAAUCCGCGUAGUUGGCGUAGAUUUGUGGCUGGUAAAAUCCGUACGCCUACACACACGGUCCAUACCACCUAUUAUAUGGACGUACCUGCAUCAAUUGUCGGGAACCGAUGUACGUUAUAUUAGCGUGCAACAUGUGCCUCCAGUGCACGACGAUCUAUUCCUCCCCGACAGACGAUGAAGAAUGAAGAAGUGUUACAGAGUCAACGUGACCCUUUGUAUACAAUAUUCCCGUGCAACAUGUGCCUGAUAUGUACGCAUUAGAAAAAACAUUGAACAUUGAAAGUGUUAAUACACGAGCAUGGCGAAAGAAAGACUCGAGUUCGCGGGUAUGCAACGCAUAUCAGUGGUACAGUUUCUAUGCGAUCGAGAACGCGGUAUACGCGGAGCGAAUGAACGCUUCGUCGGACAAGGAGUUUUCAAACGUUAUCCAUACAGUGAAGGGUUGCUGUACAUUGCGGGUCCUGCAGGUUUGAGGGGGUGGUUUGAACUGUUAGUGAAGGACGAACCUUACAGCACAUGCUAUAGCCGUUCCUACUGUCAUUACAGUCACCGAUAUAUGGACUUUGAUUUUUCCGAUGAUUUGUGGGACUUUGAAAAAUACAAUAUCCCCUGGAUGCAUUUGGAUUUUCAGUUUAUGCACUAUGACUUUCUACGCGCAGGACGUAAAUGUAUAAAGUGUGAACAAGAAACGUGUAAGUGCUCCGAAAUAUAAAAAAUAUUAAACAAUCGAACAAAUCACGUGCUUCGAAAUAUAAUAAACUAUGGAACAAAUAUAAUGAACUAUCGAACACUGGUGAGCAGAAGUGUUUCGUGGGACAACGCAAGCACUCUUCGGCCACGAAUACGACCACAUUGCGAACGGAAGAGCAGUGAGAAACAGAGGUUUGCGCGAAGACCAUAUUCACGCGGGUCGUCCGCGGUCGAGGUCGAGGGGGUUCCAGAAGGGGUCAGCCGUUUGCGCGAGCGUGGAGCAGGAGGAUGGGGAAGAGGAGGAGGCGGAAGAAGAAGGGAUUCAUUCAGAGCGGCGAAUCCUUAUGCUAUAACGUCACUAUGCGGGAAUGUAGGAGGAGUGAAGGAGUAGAAGGAGGAAGAAAAUAAAAGAAGAGAAAGUUUAUAUAAUAAGAAUAUUUAAUAUACGUUGUUACGUUCCGAGUGUCCGUGAUUAUAACUGCAGGGAUGUUUAAAUACGAGGAUACUUUCCGAGGAUCGCGAAGCUAAUUGUUUUCGGAGGCGAGGGAAAGAAAUCCCGUCGACUCUUCUCGUGAUCGAAUUAUUGUCGGGUCUGAAAGCUGAAAAAUAUCCUCUCCGGUUGAAUUUAAUUGAUCGAGCAACUCUAAAUAUUCGUCGGAGCAGAUUUCGCAAUUGUAAAACGGCGCGUACCCAGCAAGGUCUCUAUCGUAAAUUACGCACGUAGGAACGUGCCGUCUCAACCCCACUAUUAAAUCGUGUUUUGAUAGCAAAGUAUAGUUUUGUUUUUGUGAAGGAAAAAUUCUAUUAACGAAGCAAAUGGUACAAAAUAGAGAACGGUCUAUAGGUCGGAGAUACGCCGUAUAUCUCAUGCACGCCACCACGCCGGAUCGCCGUUGAUACUCUAGUACUAAAUCGGUACGCCGGGACGGGUUCGAUAUUCCGCGACACAUCACACGUUUGGUUUACGGUUUUAUUCCGUUGUGAUUAGAACUUGUUUGUACAUUAAACUCUUGGAUGGGUGGUAACACUGGAUAUGAACUCGGAAUCUCGAUUUCUUUACGGUUCAAUCCGAACAACUCUCGUAAUUUAUAAACAACUCGACGAGGAUCACCCUUACGGAUGUUGCGGUAAUCAGGAUAAUUGUGGUCUAAAGUGAGUUCGCGGGUUACGUACGGAAUUUGCUUUGAUAAUGCUCGGUCGGCUUCUAGGUUCGUUAAUUUUUGGAUGAGAGGAAACGGGUCCUGAUUAUUUGAGUAAGCAAGUCGGAGAUGAUAACGGAGCUUCUUUUCUUGGAAUCUGCGCCCCUUUUUAGUAGGCAUGGAAAUGAAUUGAAUUAUAUUUAUCCGCGGAUUCCUGUAGGAUUAUGGUCGCAAAUUAGGGCCACACUCUUCGGCAGCGCCAGUUGCAAAUCCUCCAGGAAAUCAGAAUGAACAAUUUGGACGAAAACAA